CAUGAUGUCCUUCCCGUGGAUCGAGUCAAGUUGGUUCCCCGUAGCUCCGCUCCUACUAGGGUUCCUGCCUGGCCGAUGCCCUUCCGCCUCCCGGAGCUCCUCCGCUGUCUGCGCCGCUCGACUGCCGGUCUACGCUGCCAUAUUUGCAACAUGGCCGGACUUCUAUCUUCAGAUAAAGUCGUAACACCGAGUACUACGCGGAUCGGUUGGAUCGGGACAGGCGUCAUGGGCCGGUCUAUGGCCGGUCAUCUCCUCUCUGCCGGUUACUCACUGACCGUUUUCAACCGGACCUCCUCUAAGGCCCAGGCCCUGCUGGACCGAGGCGCUAAGCUAGCUGGCUCCCCGGUCGACGUUGCACGCGCCAGUGAUGUCGUCUUUCUCAUCGUCGGCUAUCCCUCCGACGUCCGGCGAGUCGCCCUCGAUCCAUCUAAAGGAGUUCUUUCUGGCCUGGCUCCUGGCUCCGUCCUCGUUGACAUGACCACAAGCGACCCGGCCCUAGCCGCCGAGAUCGCCGAUGCUGCUCUAGCGGUGUCUUGUGCGGCGGUGGAUGCUCCAGUAUCGGGCGGCGACCGUGGGGCCCGUACCGGAACUCUCUCCAUAUUCGCCGGAGGCGACAAGUCCGUCGUCCAGAAGCUUGAGCCGCUGUUCGGUUGUAUGGGCACGGUAACCUACAUGGGACGACCUGGGCAAGGCCAGAGAACGAAACUUGGGAAUCAGAUCGCAAUCGCAUCAACAAUGGUGGGGCUGGUGGAAGGGAUGGUGUAUGCCCACAAGGCUGGGCUCGACGUUGAGAGGUGGAUGGACGCAAUUUCUACUGGCGCAGCUGGGUCAAAGUCGCUCGACCUAUACGGAAAGAGGAUCUUGAAGAGGGACAUGGAGGCUGGGUUCUACGUACACCACUUCGUGAAGGAUCUUGGCAUUUGCUUGAAGGAAUGCCAGAGCAUGGGACUAGCAUUGCCAGGUUUGGCGUUAGCGCAUCAGCUGUAUGUCUCACUCAUGGCUCACGGAGAGGGAGAACUAGGGACUCAAGCACUAAUUUUGUCCAUUGAACGACUCAACAAUACCCGUUUGGAAGGAGAGCCAAAGCCAGACACACACUCGGCAUGAACUCUGGUUUUGGAGUUAAAAUCAUUUCCUUGCUUUUAGCCUAAUCUUAUUCCUUGAUAUGUGUUUGUUUGAAUGCUUAUGUGAUUCCUGUUUAAUAGUUUCGAACAAUCUUCCUGUUUCUCUCAAUAUUAUCUGCUGGUUUAGGUGCAAUUUAUUUGGUAAUAAUGUUAUGUAAUUGCACUGUCUUUGAAAUGAAGACUAUUGUUCCAGUUUU